UGAUGUGUCAAUAAAACAAAAUAAGUCGAUCACGCGGUAUACGAAUCGGGUUUGCUUGGAUAUAAUCUUCCACACGGUCCAGUCCACAUCUGAACUGACAAAAUGGAUUAUUCUGGAAAAGAAAAGGAAGCUAUGGCCAUCAUGGCUGAGGCGGACAAAAAAACGAAAACGUCGCAUUCGUUGUUUGGAGUGUUUUUCGGGAGUUCCGACAAGGCCGAGGAGGCCUGUGACAUGUAUGUCAGAGCUGCCAACAUGUUCAAGAUGGCAAAGAACUGGAGUGCUGCAGGAGAUGCUUUCUGCAAAGCUGCAAAAUUGCAUUUGAAAGUGCAGAGCAAGCACAAUGCAGCCGUGAACUUCAUUGAUGCUGGCAACGCUUACAAGAAGGUCGAUCCUCAAGAGGCCAUAACUUGUUUCUGUGAGGCCAAGGACAUCUACACAGAUAUGGGGCGUUUCAAUAUGGCAGCAAAACACCACAUAUCUAUUGCUGAAAUCUAUGAGUCUGAGUUACUGGACAUAGAAAAGGCUAUGGCUCAUUAUGAACAAGCAGCAGAUUAUUAUAAAGGGGAGGAGUCCACCAGUGCAGCCAACAAGUGUCUGCUUAAAGUGGCGAUCUAUGCAGCACAGAUGGAGCAGUACCAGAAAGCCACUGAAAUAUUUGAGCAGAUAGGAACUUAUUCGAUGGACACAACACUGUUGAAGUAUGGUGCAAAGGAUCAUUUCUUUAAAGCAGCACUCUGUCACUUCUGUGUGGAUAUGCUCAACUGCAAGUUGGCUGUGCAGAGGUAUGAGGCAAUGUUUCCUGCAUUCUCCGAUGCUCGAGAGUGCAAACUUCUUAAGAAGCUUCUUGAUGCACAUGACGAACAGAACAUUGAUGCAUAUACUGAGGCUAUCAAAGAAUUUGACUCAAUCUCAAGACUUGAUCAAUGGCAGACCACCAUGUUACUGAGAAUCAAGAAGACCAUUCAAGAUGAGGAGAAUGACCUUCGCUAAUGUCUAAACGCACUACCCGUUCUCAUGCCUGUCCUUAACAAUGAUUCAUUUAUCAUAUUAAUUAUUUAUUCACUGUGUAAAUAAUAAUUUAUUUUACAAAUCAUACUGUUUACAGAAAAUGAUCUUAUAUCCCAAAGUUCACUGUGAGGUUCUGUGACAUCCAUUGGGAUUUAUUCAUUCAUGCAGGCAACUGCAUUUUGUUAUGAGUGUUAAUGUGUAAUUAUACCAUCCUAAAGACUGUAUAUAUAUAUGUGUGUGUUACAUAUUUUUCAUUCAGGCCUCUGUAGUGUCAACAUUUAUUAUUGUUUUAUUGUCAUGCAUUUGCAUUACCUUGUAAUGGGGCUCGAGUACAGUUAAUAUUUAUUGUUGAUGCAGAUGUUAAAUCCUGUAAUAUCUUUCAGAAGUCAAACAGUAAUUAUUGCGGUUUUCUUUUUUCCUGUGUAGGAAAUUGCCAAGAGCUUAUUUUCUUUAGUUAGAUUGUUAAUGAAAACUACUUUAAACUUAUUCUAAACUUAGCUGUAUUAUUAUUCCAGUUUUGUUUCACUACAAAGACGAGUGAUUCUGUAUAAGAUAAUUAUUUUCCAGGUUUUAGGGCGAUGUACCAGAAUACCUGCCUUGUACAUUUAUUUUUCAUCCAUUUUGGAACAUUACAUAGCACUUUAAAAAUGAUUUUUUUUUUAAAUGGUGAAUUUAACCGCUACAGAAACUUUAGCAUGAGAAAAAAAUGUAUGACAGAAUUUGCUUUACACACAAAUGUGUUUAGAGACUUUUUUUGUGCUGAGAAUGCUGUUAUUUAAUUAGUUUGUUUAUUUAUUUGUCAAGUACAAAUUGCUAAUAUUUUUUUUAACCCCUUAAUAAAUCAAUAAAUCUUUAUGCAUAUAAAUAUA